GCCAUGCCGAAGCCAGAUCUCUUCGUGCUCAAAGAUGUCAAUGUCCAGGUGAUUGAGGACGCGGAGAAGAAACUUCCCGGCAAGUCUGGCCGCAAAUCCUCCAAGGGAUCAACUGGGGUCGGAAGCGUCAUCUUCGGAAUUGACGGCAGCAAGUGGGGUACCGUUGUGGCGGAUGAGGGCCGGGCGUGGAAGCUGGACAGCGGCCGAAUCGCCAAGAAAGAGACAGAAGGCGACAAGUGGACAUGGGCCGGCGGUGCUACGACCAAAGGAACACAAGGUGCAGACAAAUAUUUCGCCAGCGUGGCAGACAUGAAGAAGAAGGCCAAUGUGAAGGACAUCAGUGCACGUUUGGCAGGCUACUCCGACUUACUCGCACUGGCUGGCAAGGAGCGCGAUGCUGGCAAAGCCUUUGAUGACUUGCUACCCUUCCUGCUCUCUCGGUUCAAUGCCGAGCAAGAGCAAGGCAGGCAGCACAUUCUCAACGAGCUGCUGGUCAACAAGAAGUUUCCGGACGACUUGUGGGAGGAGAGGCUUGAGCACCUCCGGAGCUUCUGGAAG